AUGGGCAGCCGCAGCAGGGGGAUGAUGAACAAGAUGAAUAUGGUGAUGGCUUGCUUCGUGGUUAUGGCGGUGGCUUUUCCUUCAUUAUUGAAUUUGAAAGGUGCAACCGCAGAAGAUUAUGUUGUUGGUGACAGCUUGGGCUGGGCUGUUCCCCCAAACACCUCUUUCUAUUCCGAAUGGGCUGCCUCCAAGAAGUUUCAGAUAGGAGAUGGACUUGUAUUCAAUUGGACUGGAAACCACAACGUGGGCGGAGUAGAAUCAAAAGAAGAAUACGAUAACUGCAGUGACCCAGGGAUCGUGUUCGGCCCAGGAGUGAGGAUCGAAAUCAAUUCUACUGAUACACUUUACUUCAUCUGCUCUGUUGGUGAUCACUGCGAGCAAGGCCAAAAGGUCACCAUCACCGUUGGAUCAGCAGCCAACAACUCCUCUCCUCCUCCACCACCACCACCACCCUCCUAUGCUUCAUCUCUCACUCCAACCACUUUCGGCUCUUUCUUUGGCCUCAUCAUCUCCGCACUAGUUGCCAUUUCUUUCCUUGAUCAUUCUUAA